GUUCCACUUCAGACAAGAGUGCAGGUGUGAAGAGUAAGAAAUUAAAAACACAUUUCCCCAUAUUAGAAAACCCUUCAUCAUUCCCUAUCCUAUGAAUGUGUCAGCUAAGAAACCCUCAAGAACCUUCCUCACUCUUUCUUCCAUAUUCCUUUUUCUUACUUAAACCUUUCUUUCUCUUCUUCCUUAAUUAUUCUUCAUUUUCCUAUCCUUUCUCUUCACACCUCUCUUUUACUCACUCACACUCCCUCCCUAUUUCUUUCACAAAUGGAAAAAAACGAUGAAAACUCCAAUAUUCCCAACAACUUCGAUUCCAAGAGUUACAACCUCAGUGGCAAGAUCAUGCUCUGCGCCAUAGUCCUUCUUUUCUUCGUCAUAGUUCUAAUGCUGUGUCUCCAUAUCUACGCCCGCUGGUACCUUCUCCAAUCUCGCCGCCGACGCAACCGUCUCCGCCGUCGCAGUCAGCUUGUUUUCUUCACCGACAAUCCAACAACCAGCGUCUCCAUCACUGCAACUCACGGCCUCGACGCCUCUGUAAUCGCUAAACUACCGUUAUUCUUAUACGAUCCGAAGACUCACCCGGAAAACGCCACGGAGUGUGCCGUGUGUUUGUCGGAGUUUGAAUCCGGAGAAACGGGUCGGGUUUUACCCAAAUGUAACCAUAGUUUUCACACCGAAUGUAUUGACAUGUGGUUUCACUCUCAUUCCACGUGUCCACUUUGUCGUGCAUCGGUUGAGUCCACAUUCGAACCACAACCCGAGGUUGUUAUAACGGUUUAUGAACCGGAAACCGGUUCGAGUUCGAGUCACGGUUCGGUUUUGGAAGAUGAGAAUUCGAACCGAACCGGUAAAGAGACUUGUUCGAGUUCGGUUGGGUUAAGAAGAAAGCCGUCUUUUACGGGAGUGGCCGUUGAGGUGCCUACGAGAAACAACGAAGGUUUUCGAGACGAGUCCUGUGACUCGCCGUCGUCGUUUCGGUCGCCGAUGAGUCGGAUGUUGUCGUUUAAGAGGAUUCUUAGUAGGGAAUGGAAAGGCAGCGUGUCUCCGUCGUCGUGCGGGGGUGGUGGUGGUUGUAGCUCGGUGGCUGAGUUGAACUUGAAGGUGGAACAAGGUGGACGAGGUGAGGUGAGACUCAGUGAGUUGAGUUGAAUUGACUCAGGUGUUGACGUGGCAUUUUUUAAAAACAAGAAACGUGUUUAGAGCGGUGGUUGGCGCGUGCCUGUGAAUAUGAAAAGUAGUUGAAAUUUCAAAAAAUGUAUGUAUGUAGUAAGAUGUAACAGUCAACAUAGAUAUUAAGAAAUUCGUUGAUAUUAA